AUGGGGGACGGGGAAGACUGCGAGAUGAGGGGGGUCGGCAUGCAUGGCAGCGCGACUGGUACCGCGGAACCAGAAAAACCAGGCGGAGCCGCGCAGGCGGUGGGGGGGAUGCGGGAGCGGGGGGCCGUGCGGGAGGCGCGAGAUGCGCGAGAUGCGCGGGAUGCGCGGGAGGUGCCGUUGGAGGCGCAAGUGGAAGAGUGUCCAGCCACGGACGAGUUGCGCGCGUCGUUCCGCUCCGCCAUAAAUCGAAUACUCUUGCAGUCGCACGGCAUCUACAACGUGGCGCUGCGGUCGUCGCCGUCGCAGUCGCACGCGGAAUCGCAGCGGGGGGAGGAGAUGGGCGCGCUGCUGCACCAGGUGCGCGCGCCUUGGGGGGAAAGAGGGGGAGGGGGAGAAGGGGAGAAGGGGGGAAAGAGGGGGAGGGGGAGAAGGGGAGAAGGGGGGAAGGGGAGGGGAGGAAAGAGGGAGGGGGAAGGGGGGGGAAUAGAGAGGGAGAAAGGGAACAGCUGGUAUUGUUCUCACCUCUUGACCAUUGCCGUUCCUCCUCCAUACUUCACGUCAUGUGUGCGGUCCUCCCUUCCUCUCCCUCUCCUGUUCCGCCUCUCUUAUUUCUCGCCUCUCGCCACAUGCACGUGGAAACUCACGAGUCGGCCGCUCAAAUCCCACGCAUCUCCCGAGCCUGCUAUCCCCUCCCCCCUUUCCAUGUCGCCCUCUCACCCACCUUCCCCCCUUCCUCACUCACCCGCCCCCACUUCCCUUCUCCCUUGCCAAUCCCGCCGUCCAUGCAGGGGGGCAGCGGGGGUGCCGGGGGGUGGUGGGACUGCGAGGGAGGUGGCGGCCGUGCGCGUGGAGAGCAGCAGGCAGCAGGUGCAAGCGCUGAAGCAGGCCAUUCAUCUGGUGAGCGCGCGCUCGCACCUCUCAUGA